ACACAACAAUUUACAAAGAUAAAAUUAAACUUUUAUGUAAAUUUAAACAGUAUGUAUUUCGUAAAGGUAAAAAGAAAAAACAAGUACCUAUUGCCAAAGAAAUUGAAACAGAUGUAAAUGCUCCAAUUGAUGGAUAUACUGCAUCAGGUAAAUCAAGUGUUGGUGAAUUGUUAGCAAAAAAAUUAAAUUAUCGAUUUAUCGAUAGUGGAUUAUUCUAUUGUUACAUAGCAUCAAAUUUUUCUGAUUUAGAAGAAUUUAGAAUAAUUUUAUGGUUGUCAAAUCAACAAGAAGAAAAUAUAUUAACCCAAGUUAAUCAAAUCAAUAAUAAUCAAUUAAUUUCAGAUGAAUUGUUAAUUAAAGUUGCGAAUAAUGUUAAUAUUCGUAAAGCUAUUAACAAAGUUAUACAAGAAAUCACAAAGCAAAAGGGAUAUAUUGUGGCAGGUCGUGAUGCUACUUUUAAUAUACUUCCUGAUGCUGAAAUUAAGAUUUUUUUAACAGCUGAAUUCAAUGCUCGAGUUAAUCGUCGAAUCAAACAAUUUAAUAUUAAAGCAUUUAAUAAUGUAUGGUUGGAAAUACUUAAACAAGACUCAUCAUCAUCUGAUUUAAUUAAACAAGCAAAAAAGAUAUCGCAAAACAUCGAUACAACAUAUCUUGAAUUGUCUGAG